AUGGCUGCUUUUCAGGCUGAAGCCUUUGAGGACCUGCACAGGGUCGUUGCGCAGCUCACCAGCGGAGAUGACUCGGAGUCCGAGGCCUUCGUGGAACUCCAGAAAUGCAAAGAGGCACUGUCCAAGCCUUUCACAUUUCGGAGCCGCGAGGAGACGAUGGACCUGCCCAGCUUGGCUCGCAGCAUCAUGGCCGAGAGGCCGAGGCUGGCGACAGAACACCUGGUAAAGCUGGUUGACGAGGUUAGUCGCACGCUACGGCUGCAUCAAAGUGACUGUUGCGUGCUGGUGGAGAAAGCUUUGGGUCUGGGAGUGGCUUUGCAAGAGGUGCCAGCGAAAUGCGCAGCGAUUUACUACCGGGAGUGCCACUUCCAGGCUCUGUGCCUCCAUGACAUGGGUCAGGGCUUAGCCCAGACUCCGCCGCGGAAGUCAAGUUUGGCCUUCUUCGGUCUUCUGGGAGGCCGGCGCUGCAUCACCGCGCUGUUUGAAGCGCUGGGCUUGCUCUUGCGCGACUUGACCGGUGAGCGAGCGGGGGACCAGGUGUUCCUCAUCCAUGCUGGCAACAUGAUUCAGCUCUUGGUGGAAACCUUGCUGGCCUAUUUCACGACCUUCCAGGCGACUGUGGAGGAAGCGGAACAGGUCCUUUCUUUGCUGCCACAUGUGGUCACAAGCCAACAUGCUCCGAUUGGCCAGGGCUUCACGGUGUCUGACCUGGACCUGGUCUUGCGGGAGGAGCACAACGACGUGAGCAUCAAGCUUUGCCUGGUCCUGGUGUGCAUGUGCCACUCGCAGGCAUCCGGAGAUGCAAAGCUCGCCCCGACAAAGCUACGCGAAGAUAUCCUGCCGUCACAGAUCAGACUGCAGGACUUGGCAGCGGAGGCAGGGAGCUUGCUGUUGGGCCCGUUUGGCCAGAAGCUUCGAGCGGGGAACUACUGGAACGAAGAGAGCCAGCUUGGCCAAUUUCUUUGCUUUGCCAUCAGCGGCGUUCUGCUGGAAGAUGAUCAUGCGCUUCGUGGCGGCUACGUUCGAUGGCACUUUUUCCAUUUCCUCCUACACGAGGUGUUAAUGUCAGCAGUGGCUGUGCCGGACACCUGCACUGGCUUAUUGGUGCUGCGCUGUGUGAGUGAACUGCUCCAACGUGCACUGCUUCCAGUUGGGCGCCGGUGGACAGCGGUGAAGAAGUUGGAAGCGCAAGCUGUGCAAAUGCGCCUGCUCACACCAGACAGCCUUCAGAUUUCUGCACUUCAAGUGCUGAAUCGGUUAUGUCGGCUACACCCUCCGGCUUGCGAGAUUUUCCGCGAUGUUGCGUUGCAGUGCACGGAUUCGUUCCACCUGACACAUCGCCAGAUGGAAAGCUUUAGUCCUUGGUCGACAGGCGUGCCAGAACAAGUUCGCAACAGCAUGGCGUCGCCGUUCGCGGCAGGGCCUUCAAUGCAGGCUCCGGCUCCCAAACACGACAACACCAUGCUGUAUGCCGAAAUUCUCGACUUGGUUGCCACGAUUUGCUCGAGAGGGUCGCUACAUAACGCUAGCCACGUGUGUCAAAAGCUGCUGUCACACAGCAACCAGUGGUUCAACUGGAGCUUCAUGCUUGACACCUUGAUGCAACAUGCCAGAGGUGCAGCCCAAAGCACCCGGGGUGGUCCGAACCCUUCAGCUGGGGACACCAUGGUCAUGGCUUUGUGCAGACUUGUGUCCGGUGCGUGUGGAGCUCGAUUGCUUGUCAUGCAGCCGACCAUGCAACCCAUCGCGAACAGUCUCAAUUCAGGGGUGGCCUCCUCCUUGGGUGACCCCUGGGGACGAGCAGAGAACCUUGCGGGCAUCUUGGUAGAUGUGCUGAGCGCGCAUCCGGAACCAGCUGUCAAAGCUGCAUGUUUGGGCGCGUUGGGCAACUUGGAUUUGCCACCGCCUCAAGUGAGCAGGAGCAUCAUCUCCUCCAUUUUGAUGGCUGUUCCCAGCUUGGUGCCCUUCCUCGAGCAUCCGCGCGCCGAUGGUGCUGUCACCAUUGAACUGCUGGGCUGCGUGAUUCGCUUCUUGCAGGCGAUCCCGAUCAGCAAGGGCCGCUAUGGCUUGGACCUGCAGCCCCUCACACAUGUGGUUAUCCAUCAGGUGCUGUUGAAAGCCCUUGCUGACCCGUCUGCAUUUCGAAGCAGCUCUCGGUACUGGAGGCUGGCGGCGUUGACGUUGCGCUGGAUCCGCCUGGUCUUGCGCGGUCCUUUGCCACUGAGCACGUCAUCCAGCCUCAACGCAUUGAUUGUGAGGCCAUACAGCGACAGCGAGAGCACUGCAGCCGAAGUCUCCAUGCGUUGUGCAGCAGGAAAUGCAACGGCCUAUGCUUUCAGGUGCUUGCUGAGCUUGGACUCCCCGGUCUUUGCUCGAGUGUUGUAUCUGACGACGCUACAGGGACAUGCGAUGGACGGGCUCACCAACAGAAGGAGAGCCGGUGCCGCACAAGCCUACCUCGAGCAGUGCGCUCGAUACGGCCUGGACGUUGUUCGCAUCCUGUUGCAGCGGGACGUGCUCUUCUCUCGCCUCCACGCGCAGAACACCUCCGAACGAGCUGUUGCUGGCAUGUGGUCUGGCUCGGCCUUGCUGGAGGACGGUCCCAUUCUGCCAACACAUCGGCUGCUUCUAGGAGAGUUUCCUUUUGCCUACCCCCCGAGUGGAGGGUCAGGCCGGAGCCUGUCCUUCUCAGCUUUCAACCCGUUCUGGUCGCAGAGGCCUCAUUACGAGCUGACGGAGUCACCAGAUGCUUCGGCGGGCAGCCGUCGACACAACCCUAGCUACCUCGCGCUGCUUUCCGAGUUCGUCGUUGUUCGUUCGCACAAUGGCAUCGGACGCCUGGCUCUCUUCGUCUUCAUGCAAUGCUCCUACCGCGAGCCACAACGGGUGCUACGCCUGCUGCAGCUCGAGCCCUGGCGGCUGCAGGCCCUCAGUGCUGCCUUGCACGACCGGAUCGUGGAGCCUGAUGAGGGCGAGGCUUACCAGGAAGCAGUGCUGGCUUCAAAGUCGCAAGGUAAGACCUGGGACAAGACCACUGAAGCCUACUUCGCCCACGAGGCCAUGGAGCUCGAUGCAUCUCCGGACUUCUGCCAUUUGGAUGUCGCCUCCUUUGAAACCGCUCUACCACUUUGCCGAGCUGUAGAUCUGCUGCAGCAGCUCGCUGAAGACUCUGUGGUUCAAGCUGCUGACAUCUCCAUAUGGGCACGUGGCUCUGCCGAAGGAUCGGAUGCUGGAUAUGCUGGUGCAUCAAGCUUGCGAGGUGUGUCCUCAGACGCCUCGCUGUUCAGGGCUGCCUACUUGCGAGGAUUUGAUAUACCCUCUCACUGGCUCUCGCAUGGGGCCAGCUCUCUGAUGGCCGUCAUCCAGAAUGAACACACGGUCCAGCUACCCUUUGCCGCCCUGGCUGCAGAGUCCAGCCGAUCCUUGACUUUGCGUUUCUUUCUUCUGCUACUUGGAGACACCGCGAUGGACACCUCUGUACCAUCCCAGAGCCUCUCGAGUCUCGCACAGCUCCUGCUGGGCCUCGACCCAAGUGGAGAAGCUUCAGGCAUCGUUGACAUCGACCAAACGAGGGCCGGAAACCCUUGUGCGCUUGACGCGCUGAUGCUGCUGCUGGAGAAUCCACCCAGCUUGCCAGCGUGGAUUGACAGCGGCGCUCCAAGGUCCAGCAACAAGGCCUUGCAGCCACGCAACGCCACGCAGCCGGAAAUCCAAGAGGCCAUUCGAAACCACUCGGCCUACGAAGCCUCCUUGUCCAUUGUGCUGAGCCUGCUGGACAUGCCGGCCCUCCGCGAUGUAGUUCUGAGAUACAUGUGCCACGCAUGGGUCUCUCGCUACAGAGUCUUGAAGAGCCUCCUGGCCAUCUCGUGGUCCUCGCUGGCAACCUCGCUCCAGCGCAUCCUGCUGUCUGAAGCGGCUCUCAUCCUUCAGGCUUGCGCUUGGGAGAUGCGCCUCGUUUGGCCUUCUGGGCGCCCGCCAGUGGAACAUCUCGAUUGCGCAGCAGACAUCUUGGGGCAACAGCGUCUUGACAUGAAGAUGAAUGUCUCGGAGCACUUGCAGGAGGUGGUGUGCGAUCUCAUCUCUCAUAGUGACACUGGGCUUUCAGGGCACAGGAGCAUGCCCUUCCUGGUAAGCAGCGCCCUCCGCCUCGCCGAUGCCUGCGACGUCGUGGAUGCCGUUGGCUCGGCGGUUCGCCCAGCCUCAGAGGGGCUUCAGGGGUCGAGCUCCAUGCUGUUCGGGCGAGACAGGCGAGAUGCCGCGCAGGUGUUGACAGUCCCCGGAAUGACAGAUGGAUCUGGACAUCCGCCUUUCAUGGGGCCGGAGGAUCUCUGGGAGGGUCAGCUGAUCCGUGCGUCGACCUGCCAGUGCAUGGCCCCAGCGAAAGAGGGCGGCCCUUUGAGCCGCCAUCUGGAGCUCCAGGAUCCCCAUCUGCUCCUGCACCUCUCUGGAUUGAGCUAUCUGCUCAGUGCCACCGAAUCAGAAGGUGACCGAUCCCGCUUUGCUGCAGAUCUGCAGAUGCUCUGCUCCCGCAACGAGUAUGCCUGCAUCGCUUACUACACCGAGUGUGCGUGCAGAUGCCUGACGAGCUUUGUGUCAGCUGCUCUAUCUCACUUGGUCGGCAGACCGGCAAUGAUCGGCACGGAAUCGGACACGCGCGCUCAGGCUGCCAGAGCCCACUUGGAGGCACUGCUUCCAGCGAUGGCGGAAGAAUCUGGAGCGGAAGCGCCCCGCAGGCUCGAACUACUCUCAGGACUUGCUGCAGCAUUUCUGGCCGCGAUGCUUGAGCGAUCCAAGGCACCCCCGCUUGCUUUCGUCCGACGGGUGUACACCUUGCUCAGUGGAGCUUUGGUGCGACCUGUGGCGGUGUCGCGCGAGUCAAGUCGGAGCCUGCAGGAGGCUUUGCUUGUUCUUCUUCAGCGCAUGCUUCCAGACCAGGCAUUGGAUGUGGCCAUGGGAUUUCAGCUGCAGGACUUGGAGGCUGAGGAUGCAUCGGAGCUUUCCAAACUGGCCUCCUCGCUCAUGGCUGCCGAGAUGGCCGAAGCAAAGCACAUCCUUGCCUCAGAUCCAAGCUCCCCGCGUGGACCUGGAGUUUCGCUUCCAUUGCUCUGUGCCCUGAUGACGCGGGUACCUGCGAGGCAACUCUCCACUGUCUUUUCAGCGCAGCUGUGGUGCCAACUGACGGAGGUUAUUCAGGCAGGCUCACAAGCAGCCCUUCGGGACGCCAGUUUUCUCCGGCAUCUGCAUGGGAGUUCCUUAGCGGCGAUCCUCUGCCAGUCGCCGGAGUCUGCUAGCGCGUUUUUCGAAGCUGGAGGACUGUCAGCAAUGUUGCGGCCAGAGAUGCUACAAGCUAGAAUACGAUUAGCCCCGGCCGGGCUGCACGCAUUGGACACGGUUCAUCCUGCUGCCCUAGUCUGUGUCUUACAGGUCCUGGUAGCAAUGCUUGGCGUGCUGCCGACCCACAACCUGGUUCUGCAAAGUACCUUGCAGUGGCUUGAGAGGCACAUCCAGCCCCUGCUCGAUGUCACCCAGUGGGUAACACGGCUUCCGAUCACUACAUCAUCCGAGCCGAGGACCCGGACAGGUGGCAGAACGCCCAACACUGUGGUUGCAGCCUUGGCUGCCAGAACUGGCAGGAGCACUGGCAGGGAAGGCCCAGACGCAAUGCUGGUUGUUUGCAGGUCCCCGCACAAUCCCCUGACAUCCACCAGCACUGUGCAAGACCAGUGCGUGGAUGGGCUGGCAUUCUGGCUAAGCGGGCGGCGAUCCAUGAGCAGCAACAGUGGUACCAGCACGGAGACAGACAAGUAUGCUGAUGGCAUUGCGCUUUGCCAUCGAUGUCUCGCGCUGUUUGUGGAGAUGUGGUCGCUAGUGCACUCUUCAGUAGCACGCAGGAGAAAAUAUGCGGCGGUUGACGUGUAUCAGGCUCAGAUACACAAGCUGGAACCGAUGAUCCACGCUGCACUUCCAGGACUCUUGACGCAAGUUGCGAGUGCCUCUGUCCCAGACGGGGACAACAUGACAGACACGCACAGCAAUGGGGGCAAUGCGGGCAGCGCCUUGCAGCUUGAUGCCUUGCGGCCAUCAGAGCUGACCCAGCACAGAAUCAUCUCCAACAUUCUGCAGGUUUGGAGAUAUGAUAGCAUCACGCAACAGAUCAAGACGCUCGCCGUCAAACAGCCCCAGGCGUCGCAACCAGGCUCCCAAAGUGCGUGGUCGCUCUGGCAAGCGUCUGGGCCCUUCCUGCCGUUCCAGCCGUUCCAGCCAUUCCAGCAGACCCCUGUCUCACAGGGGAACAUGCCGAACAUGCCCCAAUCCAUCAUCCCGGAGGUGAAGUUGCGGUCCGGUGUCUUGUGCGCAGUCUUCGUGCAUUCUUGCUGCAAGUUGCUGAGCCUCAGACUGGCCGACCCGCUUCCCAUGCGCGGUGAAGGAGAGACCUUGGAACCCGAUGGCCAGAGCGGCCAUGGGGAACAGCUGAACUUCGACGGCGUGCCCUCUGCGUUCAUACAGCUGCUGUACAUUGUAGAGGUUUCGCUGCAUCUCUUGUGCUUGCACUUAAUGUUCUUGACAACUGUUUCGGAGCUUGACGGAGCAUACGGGUCGCUCGGAGCGUACGGAGUGCCCACAACCCCAGUGACUCCUUCAAAUCCGCCGCGGCUGGCCGUGGUGGGGCAAUACCUGCGGUUGCUCAUCGACUUUGCAGCCGCUGCCGGCGCCGGAGGAUCCGUGGCGCUCGUCGCGCGGCACCCGAAGACCGGGAGCUUCGGCGCCGUCUCCUUGGCCAACCUUUCCUUCGCGGCCAGCGCCGCAUCCACGGCCUCUUGGCACGAAACGCGUCUACAGUAG